AUGGAACUCGUGGUUGGGCAGCCGACACCUUCGAUACUGUUGCUACUCGUCUCGACGGUUCUGACGAGAAAGAGUGAGGCGGCGUCGAAGUCACAGUCGAGUCGAGUUGAGAUGAGCGCAGGUUUGGGGCAACAAGAUCAGGUGGAAUUGUAUGGGAUCAUGGAGUUUACCAACUGGAUCGGGGCGACGAUGCACACAAUCGGUCCUUCACGACACUGA